AUGGCUCGAAAAACAUUAAAGUCCAAACCUCGCACCCGCCGCUCAACAACAGAACUCACCGAACUAGUCUACGAUGAAAGCGCACGAAGAGACUUUCUGACAGGCUUCCAUAAACGCAAACUAGAGCAAAAGCGGAAAGCAAAGGAACGAUAUGAACAAAAAAUAAAGGAGGAGCGGAGAGAAUUGCGUAAAGAGAAUAAUAAGCGCCACCUUAUAGUUUCCGACCUCGAACGCAUAGAAGCCGUUGCCAGCAAAGACGAAGCAGCGACACCGGAAACGGUAUCCACCAUCCCAAGCGCAACGAGAGUCACAACCGUCACAGUAUCCGACUGGAAUCCAGAUGAAGAGGAUGAUGUGGAUGUUGGGCGGGAGAAGGGGACUGAGGUUCCUUCGAAGAGAGCGAGUACAAGUAAGGGUAGCGUGACAAAACCAAAGCCAAAAAAGGCAACGAAGGGUAGAAAGGCAUGAUGAUAUAUCAUGAUGACCGUAAACAUUUGUAAAUAUGUAAUACAAUGUACAUGAAAUGAGAUGACAUGACAUCUGGCGCAUACAUCAGUGGCGAGGCAAGCACCAAUGAAAGAAGA